AUGCCUCUCAAAGAUCUAUUGAAAGCUCGCUUCACCUCGGCACUGAACAGUGUACCUAAGGGGACGUGGAAGAUCCUUAUUACGGAUGAUCACUCCCAAGCUCUGCUGGAUACGGUGUAUAAGAACAUUGAGAUCUUGCAGCAGAAUGUUACUUCUGUCGAACCACUCCACUCUCCCCGACAUCCACAAGGUAUCGAAGCGGUCUACCUCCUCACGCCCACGAGCCAGAAUGUCGACCGAGUCAUCGCCGACUUCUCCCUCGGUCGGAGGACAUACAAGGCGGCACAUCUUUUCUUCAUCGACGGUAUAUCUGACUAUCUCGCGCAGAAGUUGACGAGCUCGAUACCCCAGGAUGUGCUCCGCGCGUUCACAGAGCUGUACUGCAACAUCUGGGCUCUCGAAGAUAGGGUUUUCUCCCUCAAACAGCCAUCGUCCUUCUUCACCAUGUUCGGUAAUAUCGGCGGAGCAGCAGCCGCCGACCUAGCGCUCGAGGCAUUCGAGGACGAUGUGGAGUUUACAAGUCGCACCCUCCUCAACCUCCUCGCUACCCUAAACGAGAACCCCCAUAUCCGAUUCUAUCAGCCAACCCACCACUCCCCUCUCGGCCCACUGGCGAACCAGCAGGCCGGCUCCUCUUCGCUCGCCGCACCUCCACCACAACAGACACAAAGUCUUCGCUGGCGUUCUGCGAUGGCCGAGCAGAGUCAACAGCGGGUUCAGAGCCCCGGUCAGGCUCCAGGAGGCAGUGCGGGACCGUCAAAACCGGAAUAUAUCAGCGGGAAGAUUGCAAAGAAGUUGCAGGCGGAUUUGGACGAGUAUAUGGUCAAUAACCCAGAGUUCCCGGCCGCGUCAGGUCGGCCAAAAGCGCUGCUUUUCGUUGUGGACCGAUCUAUGGACCCCGUCGCGCCGCUGCUGCAUGAGUUCUGGUAUCAGGCGAUGGUGAAUGAUCUGCUGAAGGUCGAGGAAGGGGUGAAGUACAAGUACAAGUACACAAAUACAGUCGGCGGAACCGAAAAUCGAGAAGCGGAACUGACGGACGAUGAUCCGAUUUGGGUCUCGGUCCGACAUCUACACAUGAAGGACGCGAUUGAUCGAUUAAUGACGGAUUUCAACCGGUUCGCGCAGGAACAUGCGGGGUUUGCGGACAAUGGUGGUCAAGUAGGUAUCAACGAUCUGAAAGAUAUGAUGGCGUCUCUCCCGCAGUUCCAGACUCAGCGAGACCAGUACUCGCUGCAUCUUGAGAUGGCGCAAGAGUGUAUGGGGCUGUUUGAGAAGAAACAUCUCAACAUUGCUGCGAAUGUCGAACAGUGCUGUGCGACAGGCUACACUAGCGAGGGCAAGACACCCAAGAAUCUCGUGGAGGAGAUGGUGCCAUUACUGGAUGACCGGGCCUUAGCAUCGCUAGAUAAAGUCCGAAUCAUCGCGCUGUACAUCCUCUUCCGGGAAGGCGUGGCGGACGAGGAUAGGCGGCGGCUGUUCCAGCACGCCAGGCUGAGUCUAUCGGAGCAGGACUCGGUGAACAAUCUGGUCUGGCUCGGGGCGAAGGUAGUGAAGGACCCAAAAGACAAGUCGAAAGGCUCGCGUCUGAAGCAGAAAUACCACGCCUCGGAGGGGGAGUUUGAACUGUCUCGCUUCAGACCAGUCGUACAGAUGAUUCUCGAGGACUCUCACUAUAAUCGCCUAGACCCGACCCUGUUCCCAUACACCAAAGACGCCCCCGAAUCGUCCUCUUCCUCCAACCCUGCCUCUAUGCGCUCGGGCGGCCGCCUGGCUCCCGCCUCUUCCGCCACCCGUGGUCCGGCUCCCGGCUCUUCUGGCUCGCUCAGAUCUGCCAGACCGACAUGGCACAAAGCACCUUCAGCACGAGCAAUGAAUACCGAGGGAAAACAGCGGAUCAUCAUGUUUGUAGCGGGCGGGAUGACGUAUUCGGAGAUGAGGUUGGCGUACGCUGUUGGGCAGAGUUUGGGGAAGGAGAUUUAUAUCGGAUCAACACAUGUCGUCACGCCCGAAAGUUACGUUCGGGAUCUGAAGAGUCUCGGACGAGGGGGAAUAGGAUGCAAUCCGCCUAAUGGGGUGGCGGAACAUCCCCAGUCGCCAGGACGUGGGAGUAGAACACCGGGUAGACCGGUGACAUAUCAACAGUGA